AUGAAUGGCAAUGCAGCGGACGAACAAGGUGUGACACCUGAUCAACAUUUUGAUCGCCCUACAGCUCAAGGACUCUUCUCUGUGUAUGAGCCACCUUGGGUCAUAUAUGAAGGGUACAAAUUCUUUCAAGCGGACCCAAUCCCCGGCAAAAAGGCCUCAUGGACAAAAGUGGAGCGAACAGUGGUGCGCAUGACGCAGGAGGAUUUCUGCAGGAUGGUCCAGAAUCGGGCAAACAAAAUCUCUGCAGCUCAGCAAUAUCAGUUUCUGUCAGAAAUUCGCCAGGUGCACGUGAAUCAGUUAAUCGCAGAGAGGCGACAGCUUAUUCCUCAGGGGCAGUGGAGUUGUGUUUAUGCCAAAGAGCAUGAGAAGCCCUCUAAAGCUCGCAAUGCACACCCCGCGGACUAUGAAGUCGUCUACAUGCAGAUAGUUCUGAUGCAGCGACCUAUAAGCACGAAUAUGCAUUGCAGGACGCCGAUGGGGGAUCUCGUGGACCUGGGCGCCUACUUUAGAACUCGGCCUGGUAGCGAAAAAUGGACUAGUGAUCAGGUAGACCAUGAUCAACGAUGGGAUGCGACGGAUGACAAAGAGACAAUGCAUGGAGAGUCAGUUACGCCUUUCCUGGUGCCACCAGCUGCUACAUACGCUUUACACCUUUCUGACUCCUGA